AAUCCGCAAGCAUUGCUUGGUUUGUAUUUAUUUUUUGUGUCCAUCCCGCACGCGGUGCAGCUUAACAUUUCCAACAACGCUACAAUAUGGUACGCAAGCUAAAAUUUCACGAGCAGAAACUGCUUAAAAAAGUAGACUUCUUCAACUGGAAGGAAACAAACAAUCUAAAUGAAGUGAAGGUGAUGAGAAAGUACAACAUUCAGAAGCGGGAAGAUUACACUAGUUAUAACAAACUUUCCCGCAACAUUCGUGAAUUAGCGGCUAAGAUUGCGGAGCUCGAUGCCAAACUCCCAUUCCGAACGGAAAUGAGUGGUUUGCUGUUAGAGAAGCUAUACGUCAUGGGACUGAUACCUACCAAAUGGGAUCUGGAAAACGCUAGCAAAUUGACUGCGUCAUCUUUCUGCAGACGCAGACUACCGGUAGUUCUACUCAGAAAUAGAAUGUCUGAAAAUAUUAAACAUGCCACACAGAUGAUUGAACAUGGGCACGUACGAGUCGGAGCUGAAGUUGUAAAAGAUCCUGCUUUCCUGGUACCGCGAACGAUGGAGGACUUUGUUACGUGGGUGGAUGGUUCAGCGAUUCGGAAACAUGUACUGGAGUAUAAUGAUAUGAGAGAUGAUUUCGAACUGUAAAUAUGUAAUGAAUAAUAGAUGUGUACUAAAACAAAUUA